CUCACUUUUUGUCUGUUUGGCUAUUGGUAAAGGCGGGCGUCCUCUUCCUCCUUGUACGCCGAAAAGGGGGGAAACGUCCUAACGGAAUGGAGCCCAGAAGUGAUGCAGUCGACAUGGACAGGGCAAAUAUGCCAUCGACAGUCGACUUUCUUCGGCAGGUCAGGCUGGACCCCGUCAUGACCGACUACCAGGUGAAGCCGAUGGUCAUCGACAGCCUCAGUCGCAAUCUAUGGACGGACAUCUUUCAGAGUAUUUCCCCAGCCCACUUUCUGCCGCGCGAGCUGGCACCAUCAGCUGUGCACGCUCUUGUCUUCAUGGAGCAGUGUGGCUGGAAGCUAUGCGAAGCGCAGAAGCGGGCUCACCUUGAGAUCAUGCAGAGAAGGAGGCACGCCAUGGGUGGCGUCGCAUCGCCAGAGGCCAAUAGCAGCAGACCAGACAAGGGCAAAUUUGUCGAGCGAAGAUCAGCUACGCCACCACCUGGCGCAGAGUCAGACAGCUAUCUCGGCCCGGAGUACGGUGAAGACCGGAAAGGCAUGCCGUGCGGUCAUAUCUUCAAGCGCGGCGAGGCAAUCUACCGAUGCCGAGAUUGUGGGAUUGAUGACACGUGCGUCCAAUGUGCACCUUGCUUCAAUGCUUCCAAUCACGACGGCCACGACAUUGUCUUUAGCGUGAGCAACUCUAGCGGAGGCUGCUGCGAUUGUGGCGACGAGGAAGCAUGGAAGUCCAGAUUGUGCUGCAAGUAUCACGACACCAAUGAGGCGUUACAACCAUCUGCCGAGAGCGUCGAGGCGGGGCCGAGCCGAAGCGAGCAUCCACACGCCCAGCAAGGGUCUGGAGAGGCGAUGGAAGAGGACCAACAGGCCAGUGACGAAGAACUCUCAUACAGCAAGGGAAAAGCACCGCAGAGAACUUCUCCAAUGCUUGAUGGUGACGAUCAGCUGGACAACCUCAUCAGCGCAGUCCCCCCUCAGGUUCAAGCCUCUCUGUCCUCCUACAUCCAAUCGAUGCUCAACUUCGUCCUCGACACUCUCGAGCACAGCCAGGAGCAGACGGGUCUCCCUGGGGGGCCGGAUCCCAUCGAGGCGAUCACACGGCAGCCAUCACUGAGCCCUCCUGCGAGCGAAGUGUCCAAGUCGCCUGGCUCCUACUUCGACACGCUCGUUUGGCCUUCCUCAACGCGAAAAUAUGCGGUGGUGCUUUGGAACGACGAAAAGCACAGCUUUCGCGAAGUCAUCGAUACUGUCUCAGAGGCAACUUCCCGGUCUGAGACAAUGGCAAAGGGUGUAGCCGAGCGGGUCGAUCGUCAUGGGAGGGAAAUUAUCGACAUUUCAGACGAUCUUCGAAAGCUCUGCAUGCUCGCUUCCAAGCUCAUUCAGAUCGACUUGGCCGUGACGGUGCGACCUGCGUACGAUACCUUUGCUGAGGAGGUUGCGGGACACGUCUUGAGUUUCUUACUGGAUCUCGUGAACGCAUCCAUCUUUGUUCCGUCGGCAUCAACGUCAUCAACAGUCCACCCGCUCGAUGGCAUGACGCCCAAUGCCGCCGCCAUGCGCGCUCUUGUCGCAAGAGACCUGCUCAAGCCAUGGAAACAUCGGAAGCCAGUACCACAGAAUCGGAUGAGCAGCUACUUCUUUGAUGUCACCGACCUGCGCUGCAUCGACGGGCUUUUGCUCAUGGACAGCAAGAUGUGGAAGGAGGCGAGGGGGACGUGCAAGUCGCUGUAUAUGGCCCUAAUUGGACCCCGCGAGGUCAAGCGACAGGUGGCGAUUCGAUUUGCAAAGUUCUACCCCCGUCUUAUCGAGACGUUCAUUCUUCGGGAUCGCGAGUGGGAGCAUUCGGUGUACUUCCUCACAGUCCAGCUCUUCAGCGUUCCUUCGAUCGCUACCGAGCUUGUUGCAGAGAUGGACUUUUUUGAAAAGCUCCUUCGGAUACUUCACGCUAUCUUCACCGACGGACUCACUCCGGCGUCUCUUGUCCUGCAGACUGCUCCACUGGCAACUGACCAUGCAAUACUCGCCUCCAUCGUGUCGCGGCAGUCGCGGUGCUACAACAUCUUCAACGACAUUCGGUACCUUGUCGCGGCCGAAGGCGUCCAGACGUUAAUUGCGCACGAUUGCAAGCGGCUCGACGCUUUCCUCGAUUUUCUUUCUCUCUUCCAAGCAAUAGCGCCAGAGAAGAGAGCCGCUGAGCAGCACGUCGAAUACGAGGUUGAAACGUGGAUGCAAGUGCUGCAGGUGGCGACCAAUGUGGCCAAGAUUACAAAGACGUUUGGAGAGGCCUACGCGAGAGCAAGCCCCAACGAGUACCGUCAGGCGCUUUCUCUGGUCUUGAAGAGAACCUUUUGGCGCUGCGAGAGUCUCUGCCAGAAUGACCCAAAGACCUACACGCCCAUCGAAUUCCACGUUGAGCAGUUCGACAAUCGACAGUACCGGUGCCUCGAUUUUCGUGUCGAUGAGGCCAACGUGUCUUUCCAUCACCCAAUGCAUUGGCUUCUUGCCGAGUUGUUCAAGCACGUUUCCAAGUUUUCGUACGAUUACUUGCGACAGGAGAACGCCAAAACGCUGCUGGACCUCAUUCCUGAAGACAACAAUCCUGACGACCUGCUCGUGGUCUUCGACUCUCCUCUGCAAGUUGCCGUGAAGGUUGCUCAGACUCGCUCGGGCAUGUGGGUCCGGAACGGUUUUGGCAUUCGCUCCCACGCCCACCACUACCGCGACACGAUGCGAGACGUCAUGUACGACCAAGACCUUUGUUUGCUCCAGUGCAGCCUCGUCUACACCGAUGUCGACCAAAUGCUUGUUACGAUGCUGGAUCGUUUUAUCGUCAUUGACUGGUUUCUCGGCGAAAGGAGCGUGCCGAUCUCGAUGGACGAGGAGCAGUAUCGAUUCAACGUCGAAGAGUUCCUCUUGCUCCUCAUUACGAUACUGUCGGAGACGUCAAUGACUAUAGACUGGUCAAUGGAGAGACAAGUGCGACGCGAAAUCGUCCACUUCCUUGCCCUCAGCCAAGGAACCUACACCGAAGUAAGCAAGCCGGUCUUGGAGCGAUUGAAGGAUCAUUCAAGCUUCGACCGGAUUCUCGCGGCUGUCUCGACUUUCCGAGCGCCCGAUGGGACGACAGAUCUUGGCAUCUUUGAGCUCAAGGACGAGUGCUACGACGAGAUUCAGCCCUACUUCUUUCACUACACGCGCAAUCAAAGGGAGCUGGCCGAGCAAACGCUGCGGGAAAGACACAAGCGGAAGCACAACGGCUCCGACAGCGGCUUCGUUGUCGUCCCCGAGCGACAUCUUGCGGCGGGCCAGAGCCCAUUUGUCGAUGAAUUGCGGAGUGUCUUUGAGAGCAACGUUCUCCUCCGUAUUGUCAAGUCGACGAUUUCAAACGCACUCGAAGACGCCGAUGGUGCCUCAGAUUCGUACGUCGACAUGGCUUUGCAGCUGGUCAUGCAUGGUCUGGUCGAAUGCGGUGCUCCUUAUGCUGCGCUCCUGACAAAGCCGCUCAGCCAUCUGACGCAUCCGCGGGUCGACCUCGAAGGAGAAAGCUACUUGGACUUGCUCUGCAAGGUGCUCGACAAUAAGAAGCUUGAGGCUUGCCGUGCAAGAAUGCAGUGGAUCGUCGACAAGGCUUGCGAGCUUGAUCCUGAAGGGGCUCGAAAGGUUGUUGAUGGACAUCUCGGGGCUCGGCAGGCUACCAUGUCCCAUGGAUCCACUGCAGCGCCACAGAUGUCCACCGAAGACGUCCGGCGUGCAGCAGCAAAGGCAAGGCAGGCAGCCAUUAUGCAGCAAUUCUCAGCCCAGCAAAAAAGCCUCCUCGAAAGCCUUGAAGAUGAGGACGAUGAGGAUGAGGACGACAAAGAUAGCGACAACAUCGAUAUGGCGGAUCGAGACUCAAUGGCGGUCGAUGACGACCUCAAGCACCAGGCGGAAGCACUGGGAACAUGCAUUUUCUGCCAAGAGGAGCUCAACCACCACUCGGCCUUUGGAAGCCUUGUCUACGUCCAGCCCAGUCGUGUCCUCCGAAACACUCCGCGCCAUGAUGCCGUUAGUCUGCAACAGAGUCUUGAAGCCCCUCUCGACAUGGACCGCAGUGCGCCAGACGGCAGGAGACGAAGUGACGCUUUCCGCGAGAAUCAGUCUCGCUCGUCGCAAGGCGCAGCUUUCCCGGCAGACGAUCACCGCUUUGGCUUUUAUGCAUCGACUUGUGGUCACCUGAUGCAUACCGAGUGUUUCGAGGUCUACUGCCACAGCGUGGAGCAGCGGCAUGCCCAGCAGAUUGCUCGAAAUCACCCAGAAGAUCUCUCUCGGUCCGAAUACGUGUGCCCACUCUGCAAGAGUCUUGGCAACGUCAUCUUGCCCGUUCCCCUUCCAUCAGGUUCAGCCUCGAUGAUGAUGGGCAUUGAGACGGACAGAUCUUCAAUCGGCGAUUGGGUUCGUAAGAUCAACAUCGACAUUCUCAAAACGUCGACGAGCAAUGUUGCCACCGAGGUGCAGGAGACCGAGCACGGGACGGGAUCGUUCACCAUCUGGUACGCCGAAGAGGCUCAAUACUUGCUUGAUUCUGCUUUGCAAUCUGGCGAAGUGGACACAGACCAUACGCUAAUGAUCGAGCGUCUGAUGCGAGUACUUAGACCGCUCUCGGUCAAGUCGCGUCCCCAACGAAUGGCAUACCAGAAUCGAACGAUCAUGGCGCCACCGAGUCGGAAGAUGUAUGUGCCAGAGGAAGUGGUCGCCUACACAAUCAGCGUAUUAGAGGUGUCGCAGAGGGGCCACACCCCCGGUGCCGGUCAUUCCUCGACAUCGAAAUUGUCGAUUGACGGAGCUACUACCCUGGCCGACGCAAUGUCCGAGCAGACAAUCAAGCUUCUCCAAUCAUUGGUGAUCGGCUUGCGCGAUACCGCGGAGCUGACACGGCCUGGAAGCAUGAGCAUCAUGAGGCAAGGUCUCCUCAAACGCCUGCUGCCGCACUGGGGUGGUCACGAUGCUGUGCGCUCGCCUCUGCUCUUGCGAUCGCCCCUCACCAUCCUCGUUGAGGCGGCUGCUCUCGCGCCUGAGAGCUUGCAGCAGAUCACUUCGCUCAUGUUCUACGUCAAUCUCGUCCAGGUCGUAUUUGGUCUGUCGCAACCCAGCAUCUGGCCUCAGUCGCACAAUGGCACCGUCAAUCGUGGUUUGUCGGGCUUGAGGCACAUCGACUUGGAUGCUCAAGACGUGGCCAUGCUCAAAGUGGUCUUCCCAGAGGUACGCGCAAUGGUAGCCAACAUUUGCGGCUUCAUCGGCUACUCACGCGGCAAUAUCACCUUGGGCAUCGACCAUCUGGAUGACCAGAGCCUUGCAAAGAUGAUCUGCACCUACACGCUACCUUUCCUGCGCCGGGCAGCGAUCUUACACAAGGCCAUGGGCAUUCUUCCAGAAUCUGUUUCUUCGGCAGCAACUCCUGCCGACUCGACCACCGGCGAGUAUGUGCGCCUUAUGCAUCUUCUUGCCAUCCCGCUGCCAGAAGUAGCCAUUCCAGUGCAAUCUCAGCGGCAGACGGCGAUCGCGGGCCUCAUCGAGGGAUGGAUCAAGCAUGCGUAUGCGCAGCUCGCUUCUCUCUUUCGUCCCUUGCCCAUCCAGCCUUCUCCGCUUGGGUUCGGCUCCAUCAACAUUGGUUCCUCGCUGUCGCACAUCCACACUUCGCCGGCGCAUCCUACGCUCCAACUCGAGCAUCCUCACAUCUACGAGCUGGUCCGCCUUCCCUCGAAUCUCGCCGAUCUGCUCCAAGAGGCACAAAGAAGGGUGUGCAAGCGGUGUAAAGAAGUGCCACCGGAGCCGGCGCUGUGCCUCUUUUGCGGGGAGAUGCUCUGCUACCAGUCAUUUUGUUGCCAGUCGGGCGAGGACGACGAUGAGAGGGGCGAAUGCAACCGCCAUUCUGACGACUGCGGCGGAUCCAUCGGUGCAUUCUUCAAGGUCAAGUCCAACAUCGUCAUUCUCCUCCAUUCGGGCAACGGUAGCUUCACGUACAGCCCCUACCUCGAUUCUCAUGGCGAGAUUGACGUUGGUUUGAAGAAGGGAAGGCCCCAGCACCUCCACAGGCAGCGAUACGACGAGCUUAGGAAGCAGUGGCUCCAGCACGGAAUGGCCAACAUCAUUGCCCGGAAGAUCGAAGCGGCGAUGGAUCAUGGAGGUUGGGGUACAAUGUAGGCCUUUGCAUAACUCUUUUAUUGUUUUGGGCAUCUUCAACCGUUUCCGUUUGGGCACACACACAUACACACACUUGUAUCUAUUUGAGGUGGUACAUAACAGAAGCAACUCAGAAUUUACAAUUCUUUCA